GCAAUUAUCAAACGCCGAUCAACGUUUGGACACCUUUCAUCUCUGUGUUAGCCCGAAUCGCCGUACAUUAUGAGCCUGAGACUGUGCCUGCUGGCAUGCCUGGUUGUGGUUGCUUGUGCCUCCAAGGACGAGCUGAAGCCCACCAAAUGGCUGAGCGCCAAUGAGCUGGAAAACUUGCCAUCCUUGAACGAUAUAUCCUUUGAGCGCUUGGAGAACAUGCCACUGCAAAAGGGCGCCCAACUGCUGGAGAAGAUCUAUCAUAUUGGCCAAAUCGAAAACGAACUGACGCCCAACUUUGUGCCCAGCGCCAGCAACAUUCCAGUGAGGAUCAUCAAGUCCAAUGGCGAUCGUUUGGAUGCUAAACUGAACAACUAUGUUGAGAAGGCCUUUGCUCAGCCCGGCUUCGGCGAGGAUGAGGUCACCAUUGUGUUGACCGGCCUGCCCCAGACCACGCCCACCAUUAAGAAAAGCAUGCGCAAGCUGGAACAGGCUUAUCUGCAGCGCUACAAUCUGCAGGAGCAGCAGAAAAUCGCCCAAAAUGGUCAGCAUCAGAAGAACAACGAAUAUGAAUCCACCUCCAGCGAAGAAACAUCCGAUGAGUGGAAGAAUGCCAAAACCACAAGCGGCAAUUUGAUCAUCAUCGACGUGGGAUCCACUUUGACCAACUUCAAGCGCUACGCCAUGCUCGAUGUGACCGCCACCGGUGCUAUGGUUGCCCACACACUGAUCGAACUGACCAACAAGGGUGUGCCACAGGAGAUAAUUCAUUUGAUCGGACAGGGUAUUAGCGCUCAUGUUGCUGGAGCUGCUGGUCAGGAGUUCACUGGCCAUACUGGCCACAAGCUGCGUCGCAUCACUGGUCUGGACCCCGCCAAGCUUCUGUCCAAGCGUCGCGAAUACCUUGUUGGCUUGUCCCGUGGCGAUGCCGAUUUCAUUGAUGUCAUCCACACCUCCAGCCUGGCCAUGGGCACGCCCAUGCGUUGCGGCGAUGUUGACUUCUAUCCCAAUGGACCCAACCAGGGUGCACCCGGCUCAGAGAAUGUCAUCGAAGCUGUUAUGCGCGCUACCCGCUACUUUGCCGAAUCCGUUUGUCCCGGCAAGGAGCACAACUUCCCAGCUGUCGCAGCCAACUCGCUGAAGCAGUACAAGCAGAACGAUGGCUUCGGCAAGCGCGCAUACAUGGGCAUUGAAGUUGAUUACGAUCUGAAGGGCGAUUACAUUUUGGAGGUUAACGAGAAGAGCCCCUUCGGCAAGCAUGCCCCCGCCCAGAAACAGAUCUCAUACCACGGCCAGCGCCACGAGAUCUAAACCAUCAGACAACAACAACAACAACAACAUGCAACAUGGAAUACAAAAACAAAACAAAUUUUAACCUAUAAGAGUUCAUAAAUAAACGAGCAUAUUUUCUAAACUAGAA